GCAUUUAGAGGAUAUUAAAUAAUAACAUGGUAUGACAUGACAUGUUCACUAUCAAAGUGUAUUCGAAUUGAAACUUCAAGUAGUAUGACUUUCGUAUUAACAAAAGUGUCAGCUGACAAGUCUUGUGAUCAUAGUUGGGAUAGUGAAGAGAAGUGGAUAAAGAUGUCACCAAGCCUUCCAAAAAUAAAAGACGAAGAGCGAGAGUCCAAAUAUGGCUAUGUAUUUGCUGUAUCUGGACCAGUGGUUACAGCUGAGCGCAUGGCUGGCUCUGCAAUGUACGAGUUGGUUCGAGUUGGCUACUUUGAGCUUGUAGGUGAAAUCAUUCGGCUAGAGGGUGAUAUGGCAACUAUUCAGGUGUAUGAGGAAACAUCAGGUGUGACUGUGGGUGACCCUGUACUCCGCACAGGAAAACCCUUGUCUGUAGAAUUGGGGCCAGGGAUUCUGGGUAGCAUUUUUGAUGGUAUCCAGCGUCCCUUGAAGGACAUCAAUGAGCUGACACAGAGCAUAUAUAUCCCAAAAGGUGUGAAUGUGCCAGCUCUGAGCAGGACACAAGAGUGGGAGUUUGCUCCUUUAAAUGUUAAGCCUGGAAGCCACAUCACAGGGGGAGACCUAUAUGGGAUUGUGCAUGAGAACACCCUUGUGAAGCACAAAUUGCUGUUGCCCCCACGUGCCAAGGGCACUGUCACUUACAUUGCUUCCCCUGGCAACUACACAGUGGAUGACAUAGUAUUGGAGACAGAGUUUGAUGGUGAACACUCCAAAUAUACCAUGUUGCAAGUGUGGCCUGUGCGUCAGCCCCGACCUGUGACUGAGAAGCUGCCCGCUAACUAUCCUUUGCUGACUGGGCAGCGUGUGUUGGACUCGCUGUUUCCGUGUGUGCAGGGUGGCACUACUGCCAUUCCUGGAGCCUUUGGUUGUGGCAAGACUGUUAUAUCUCAAUCUCUGUCCAAAUAUUCCAACUCAGAUGUCAUCAUUUAUGUAGGAUGUGGGGAGCGAGGAAAUGAAAUGUCUGAGGUUCUGCGGGACUUCCCUGAGCUGUCGGUGGAGAUAGAAGGCGUCACCGAAUCUAUCAUGAAGCGAACAGCUCUUGUUGCAAAUACAUCAAACAUGCCCGUUGCUGCCCGAGAGGCUUCUAUCUACACAGGCAUUACGUUGUCUGAAUACUUCCGUGACAUGGGCUACAAUGUGUCCAUGAUGGCUGACUCCACAUCCCGUUGGGCUGAGGCUCUGAGAGAAAUUUCAGGUCGAUUGGCAGAAAUGCCUGCUGACAGUGGGUACCCUGCAUAUUUGGGUGCGCGACUAGCAUCCUUUUAUGAACGCGCAGGCCGAGUGAAGUGCCUUGGUAACCCAGAUCGUGAGGGAUCAGUCAGUAUUGUUGGAGCUGUGUCACCCCCUGGAGGAGACUUCUCUGACCCUGUGACCUCUGCUACACUUGGUAUUGUGCAAGUGUUCUGGGGCCUUGACAAGAAGUUGGCACAGCGCAAACAUUUUCCUUCUAUCAAUUGGUUAAUUUCUUACAGCAAGUACAUGCGUGCUCUGGAUGACUUCUAUGAGAAGAAUUACGCAGAAUUUGUGCCAUUGAGGACCAAAGUGAAGGAGAUUCUUCAGGAGGAGGAGGACUUGUCUGAAAUUGUGCAGCUUGUUGGCAAGGCAUCUCUUGCCGAGUCAGACAAGAUCACCCUUGAGGUCGCCAGAUUACUGAAGGAUGACUUCCUGCAGCAGAACAGCUAUUCCCCAUAUGACCGUUUCUGCCCAUUUUACAAGACUGUAGGCAUGCUGAAGAACAUGAUGGCUUUCUACGACAUGUCUCGACAUGCUGUGGAGUCAACAGCUCAGAGUGAAAACAAGAUCACUUGGAGUGUGAUCCGAGACAGUAUGGGCCAGAUACUGUACCAGCUAUCCUCCAUGAAAUUUAAGGAUCCAGUGAAAGAUGGAGAAACAAAGAUUAAGGCAGACUUUGAACAACUUCAUGAAGACAUCCAGCAGGCAUUCCGCAACCUUGAGGAUUAAGUGAGAUCUGGCGGCAGUGUCUUUCCAUUCCUUGUAAUGUGCAUUUACUCUACGAUACUUAUCAGCUUGUAGACCAUGUACCGUAGUCCACAUCGUAGUAUAAAGCGUAUUCAGUGUACAUUUCCAUGUCAGAACUUGUGCAAAUGGGUGGAGGUUUUGUCAGUUUGUUAUUAUCAUGUUGCAUUCCACAUAGGAGAUUUGUUUGAGUUAGUUGUGGUGCCGGUCACAUCACAGUAUUAUGUGUACAAAUGUCAUCAGUCUUGUGUAAAGUAAUGUACAGAUGUAAGUAAAAUAAAAUAUAUGUAACUUCAUAUGAUGGGA